AUGGCUGCACCAGCUACUUCCCCGGGGGUAGCCACAACAGGCGACCCGCCCGAUAAAAACGACAGGACCUUGCCGGAGUACUUGGAUAGGUCAGGGAAUUUUGGAAAGCUUAUAAUCUUAUCCCUAUGCCCAGCUGACGAAAAACAUCCGUUGCCUAAAAAUCCAUUCGUCGUCAGCAAAUCUUUGGACCAGUCCAUUGGAAAGAUUGAAGCUGCAUACACCGAACAGAAUGGGACGAAAUACGUUAUCAAAACACGCAGUUCGAAGUUAGCAGCAAAACUUACUCAAAUGAGCGAACUGAUUGACGGUACAAAAAUUCGGAUCAUUCCCCAUCCUGUGUUCAAUGUGAGCCGUUGUGUAAUAAGCUGUAAGGAAGCCUGUGAUCUAAAAGAAGAAGAACUUCAAGAAGAACUCGCUUCUCAAGGAGUCCUUAAAGUUCGCCGGAUAACGCGAAUGGAAAACAAGUCCAGAGUCAAUACCCCAACUAUCGUACUGACCAUCUCUGGAACCGUAAUCCCAAAAGAAAUACGUGUUGGAAUUAUUAACUGUCGAACCCGUCUCUUUUAUCCAUCUCCGUUGGUUUGCUAUCGGUGUUGCGCCUACGGACAUACUAAGGAUAAAUGUGACAGUGAACCAACGUGCCGAAACUGUUCCAAGCAACAUGAACUGGAAAACGAAGAUCCAUGUCAAGCAGAACCUUUCUGCAAAAAUUGCAAAGGCAGCCAUUCGCCAAUUUCAAGGAACUGCCCGAUAUAUCGAAAAGAAGAGGAAAUUGUCAAGACCAAAGUUGACAGUGGAAUUACGUUCGGCGAAGCAAGGAAGGAGUACGCGCGUAAACAUGCGGAAAAUUCCUACGCCAACGUCUGUGGUGCGCAACAACGUCUUGAAACACUGCGUAGAGACCAAGAAAAAGAUAUCCAAAUUGCCAAAUUGACAAAAGAACUUGCUGAUCUUAAAAAGAAAUCUCCAUCGACUGAAAACGACGAAAUUACAAGGCUCCGAAAAGAAGUUGAAAAUCUCCGUAUUAUUGCCAAAGAAUUUUACAUCAUGAAAGCCAAACUCAAAACCGCUGAAGAGCAUCUUGAAAUCUCAGAGAGCGAAUCUGAGAUAGAAAUGGAAACGGAACAGGAACAGGUUGAAAGGUCUUCCACAGCUAGAGCAACCCCCAUAACAGUGGACGAGACCCCAACCCUCAAAAAGCAAAAGCUGAGCUCAAAAAACUCCCUACCAUUUUCCAUGGAAUCCGAUGAUGCAUUCGAGAGCCAAUCCCAACAAGAAUCAACUGUAAAACGGAGAGGUCGACCCCCGAAAAAUAAAAAUGGCCAGCAAGUCAAAAAGUAA